AUGGAAGGUGAAGAGGGAAAACAAUCUUCCCACGAAAAUCCAUACACUGAAUUUGAGGAAGUUAACUUUGAUUAUUUUCUAGCAAUUAGCUUGCAAGAACAAGAGAGAACGUUCACAACGCUAGCAACGAUUCAAAGUGAUGAAGAUGCAAGUGACUCCUCUUUUAAUAAUGAUGAUGGUGAUGCUGAUUUUUUAGAGAGCCAAGAGUUUGAAACCAACAAUCCGUUUCUUGAAGGUGAAGGAAGCAAUUAUGAUGAAGAAAUGGAAAUGGAAGAAGAUGACAUUGAUCCAGAUGAAUUAUCUUAUGAAGAGUUGAUUGAGUUGGGAGAGUUUAUAGGAGAAGAGAAGAGAGGAAUAUCAGCAAAUGAAAUCUCUUCAUGCUUAAGCCCUUACACUUACCAAUCUGCUGAAAGCAAAAGUGGAAUCGACCGUUGUGUGAUUUGUCAGGUUGAAUAUAAAGAAGGUGAAGCCCUGAUGGCACUUCAAUGUGAACACCCUUAUCAUACAGAUUGCAUAACCGAGUGGCUUCAAAUUAAGAAGGUUUGUCCAAUAUGUAACAAUGAAGUUUCAGCUCCCAACAUGGCUAAGAACCCUUGA